GUACGAUUCAAUUGGGGAAGUUUAAAUCAAAUUAAAAGACAUUCCGUCGUUUUGUUGUGGUCAAGCAGUUUAGUGUGUGCAAUAGUAAGUUCCUUGCAUAAGUGUGUUGACAUCAAUUGCCGAAAAUGGGUUCUUUGCCCCAACUUUCAAUUAUAAAAGGUCCUUCCAGACAACUAGUUCCCAUAAAAAUUCACAAACUUUUUGAAACAGUUGCCGAAGAAAAUAAAAAUAUUAAUGCACUUCUUUUUGAAGAGGGCAAUGAAAUCAGGACGUUUACAUACGAGCAGUUAGACAAGCUGACCAACAAAUUGUCAAGGACAAUUUAUGAGGAGAUUAAAAAUAACAAUCUACCCAGAAACAGGGAUGGAGAUUUUAUAGUAGCCGUAAAUCUUUUACCAAGUGAUUAUUUGGUAAUUGUACUACUUGCCAUAUGGAAAGCAGGAGCUGCCUAUCUUCCCCUGGACAGGGCCUUUCCAGGAUCCAGGAUCGAACACAUUAUCCGCGAAUCCAAACCUGCAAUGGUCAUUUAUGACCAAGAUUCAGAAUUUUAUUUGGAUACACAUAAAAUAUCAUUGGAUGAUCUUGUAAAACAAAGUGGUAACCAAUCGGAAGAAUCCUUGCAAAUUGAAAAAAACCUUAUUCAUAAGAGAGACGACCUUGCAAUAGUUUUAUAUACCUCUGGCAGCACCGGUAUACCAAAAGGAGUGCGGUUGCCACACAAAGUGAUUCUUAAUCGAUUACAAUGGCAGUUUAAAACGUUUCCCUACAGCAAAACCGAGAAAAUUUGCGUGUUUAAAACAGCUCUAACCUUCGUUGACAGCGUUUCUGAAAUUUGGGGUCCUUUAAUUAACGGACGGACUAUUCUGGUCGUUCCCAAAACUACUACACAGGAUCCAGAUAAAUUAGUUAAGUUGCUGGAUUCCUACAAGGUCGAGAGACUAGUACUAGUACCAUCAUUAUUGAGAUCUAUGUUGAUGUUCUUAGACUUAAUGAAGGGUAAACAAUAUUUAUCAAACCUAAAAAUAUGGGUUUGUUCUGGGGAAACAUUGGUCGUAUCACUUGCUGAGGAAUUCUUUAAAUAUUUUCCUGAAAAUGAGCAUAAACUUUGUAACUUUUACGGAAGCACUGAAAUAAUGGGAGACGUCACUUAUCACAUCAUUUCAGGACCAAAAGAAAUACAACAUAUAGAUAAAGUACCAAUAGGAUUGCCAGUGGAUAAUACUAUCAUCUAUUUAUUGGAUCACGAUUUCAGGCCAGUUAAAGGCGGAGAGGUAGGCGAAUUAUUCGUUUCAGGACUAAACCUGGCUGCAGGAUAUGUAAACGGAAGGGAUCCCGAAAAGUUCUUAAACAAUCCAUUAGCGAUUGAUCCUACCUACGCCAAACUGUACAGAACUGGCGAUUUUGCUCGUUUAGAAAAAGGUACAAUUUUAUACGAGGGUCGUACAGAUUCACAAAUAAAAAUUCGUGGACAUCGUGUAGAUUUAUCUGAAGUAGAAAGGGCAGUAAACGCCCUAGAUGUUGUGGAAAAAGGCAUUGUUUUGUGCUACCAACCUGGAGAAAUAACUCAAGCUUUAUUAGCUUUUGUAACUACAACAUCUCUGGUCAAUGAACACAAAAUCGAAGAACUGUUAAAGGAGACUUUAACCUCAUACAUGAUUCCUCAAGUUAUUCUUGUAGAGAAAAUUCCAUUGCUGGUAAAUGGAAAGAUUGAUAGACAGGCUUUAUUGAAGAGCUAUGAAAAUACCAACAAUAAUGAUGAUAGUUGUUAUCAAGUGGAUAUUGACUACCACGGAGUACCCAUAAGCAAAAUGAAGGCAGCGCAAGUUUUAUUCGAAACAGUGGCAUCUGUAUUAAAUCGUUCAGCUAGAAAUUCAAUUUCAGUAAAUGCAAACUUCUAUGAAAUUGGAGGAAAUUCAUUGAAUUCCAUCUUUACUAUUUCAAGGCUAAAUGAUCAAGGAUAUUUUAUAAAUGUCGGUGACUUUAUUUCCGCAAUGGAUCUUGGCGAGAUUCUGGAAAGAAUGACAUCUGAAACUAAAAUUGAUACCCAACCACCGAGAUUUUCAUCCGACUUAUUAAAACCAGCACACAGAUCACAAGUCUUAGAUAUGGUAACAACUAGUUUUUAUCAAAAAGCCGAACUAGAGCAGCUUAUUAUUUCCGAAAUAUCAGAAUCUGACUAUAAGGAACUAUUGGGAGCUCUAUGGGAGCCUUUGGUUGAAAAAAAUCUAAGUUUCAUCGUUUUUAAUGAAACCGGUAAAGUCGUAGGUGUGGCUUUAAAUUUUGAUGCCAGAGAUGAACCCGAGGUUGAAAUUACUUCAAAAUUAACUGUGAUAUUUGAGUUUUUGGAAAGUAUUGAGGGACCUAUUAGGGAUAAUCAACUACCCCCUGGUAAAGGUUCAGUUCUUCAUUCUUUUAUGAUGGCCACACACUCGUCUUUAACUUCAAAAGAAAAUGUAGCAGUGAUGCAAUUUAUGGAGAAUGAAGUAUUAAAACUUGCCAGGAAACGUGGAUUUGCAGGAAUAUUUACUACUAAUACCAGUCCCUUGACACAACAACUGGGUACAAAUGUGUAUAAAUACAAAACAAUGUUGGAUUUCCAAAUCAACACCUACGUUGCAAGUGAUAACACCAAGCCAUUUGGUUUGGCUCCUGAUGAUCUAAGGGCAAUAGUGCAAUGGAGAACCAUUUAAACAUUUGCAAAUAACAGUAUUUAUUGUUUAGUUUUUAGUACAUUUAUAAAGUUGUAAACAGUAGUGAUCCUUCACGGAGACAAGGACAGGUGACACCUACAGCCUUUAGAGUAUUUGACGCACUAUUGUUACUAUUAUGUAUACUAUACUCACGGAACGCUUCUGCUUGUAGAUAAUAUAAAUAGGUAAUAAUUAAAUAUUUAGAAAAAAAUGAGCUUAUAAAGAACUAUAUUCAU